GGUGGGCUGGUGGAGGCGGGGUCGAGAUGGCGGCGCCUUUGAGGAUUCAGAGCGACUGGGCGCAAGCCCUCAGGAAGGAUGAAGGGGAGGCCUGGCUGAGCUGUCAUCCCCCAGAGUCUCACUGUGUCGUCUAGGCUGAAGUAUAGUGGCGCAAUCUCGGCUCCUCACUGCAGCCUUCACCUCCCAGCUGAUUGUUAAAAAGAUCCUGGCAUCUCCCUUCUCUCUCUUACUUCCUCUCUCACCAUGUGAUCUCUGCAUACACUGGCUCCCCUUCUUCUUCUGCCAUGAGUGGAAGCAGCCUGAGGCUCUCAUCAGAAGCAGAUGCUGGUGCCAUGCUUCUUGUACAGUCUGCAGAACCGGAAACCAUCUUUGUAUGGCAGCCUAACUUGUCAAGGAAUUGGCCUAGAUGGCAUCCCAGAGGUUACAGCUUCAGAAGGAUUUAUUGUGAAUGAAAUAAACAAGAAAAGCAUUCAUAUUUCAUGUCCAAAGGAAAAUUCAUCUUCUAAGUUUUUGGCACCAUAUACUACUUUUUCCAGAAUUCAUACAAAGAGUAUAACAUGCCUGGACAUUUCCAGCGGAGGAGGUCUUGGUGUGUCUUCUAGUACUGACGGGACCAUGAAAAUCUGGCAGGCUUCCAAUGGAGAACUCAGGAGAGUAUUGGAAGGACAUGUGUUUGAUGUGAAUUGUUGCAGGUUUUUCCCAUCAGGCCUUGUGGUCCUGAGUGGGGGAAUGGAUGCCCAGCUGAAGAUAUGGUCAGCUGAAGAUGCUAGCUGCGUGGUGACCUUCAAAGGUCACAAAGGAGGUAUCCUGGAUACAGCCAUCGUUGAUCGGGGGAGGAAUGUGGUGUCUGCUUCUCGAGAUGGGACAGCACGACUUUGGGAUUGUGGGCGCUCAGCCUGCUUGGGAGUCCUUGCAGAUUGUGGUUCUUCUAUCAAUGGAGUGGCGGUGGGUGCUGCUGACAACUCCAUAAACCUUGGCUCCCCUGAGCAGAUGCCCAGUGAACGGGAGGUUGGAACAGAGGCCAAAAUGCUGCUCUUGGCCCGGGAAGAUAAGAAACUUCAGUGCUUGGGACUACAGAGCAGGCAGCCGGUGUUCCUCUUUAUUGGCUCAGACGCUUUCAACUGCUGUACUUUUCUCUCUGGCUUCUUGCUAUUGGCUGGGACUCAAGAUGGAAACAUUUAUCAGCUGGAUGUGAGGAGUCCAAGGGCUCCGGUACAAGUCAUCCACAGAUCAGGAGCACCAGUUCUAUCCCUGCUAAGUUUCAGAGAUGGAUUCAUUGCUAGCCAAGGUGAUGGAAGCUGUUUUAUUGUCCAGCAAGACUUAGACUAUGUCACUGAGCUCACUGGGGCUGACUGUGACCCUGUGUACAAGGUAGCCACAUGGGAGAAGCAGAUCUACACAUGCUGUCGAGACGGUCUUGUACGACGCUACCAGCUUUCUGACCUCUGACUUCUUGGAAAGAGCAGUCCCGGUUAGUGAAAAGGUUUGACCCUGAUCAACAAUGAGCAGAAACAUCAUCAGUCCUUCCCAAGGACCAUGGCGUUUAAUGUUUUGGGCACCCCUUGGAAAUCACAGAAAGUCAGCUGUACUGGCCGUAUGGAACUCUCAUCCCAAGACCUACUUUGAACUGAGUAAGAAGGUCAUUGUGCCCACUGCAUUUGUUCCAACUUCUCCUUGUAUAAACUCACCCCAGCAACACAGGGCAAGGAUAUAGAUGCUUUUAGUUUGUUCUUAAACCAGUUGUGUUAAAUGUUUACAAGGACCUCAGUACUAAAGCCUGUUCUCUGGAGGAAAUAAAGAAAAUAUGUUUGGAGGUGCCUGAA